ACGAUUUUUAAUUUUUUUGCGAAAGAAAACGCAGGGAAAGGACCGUCAUUCUGCUCCCUGCUUCCCUCCACAGUCCACAAUCUUCUUCCCACAGCGCCACCCAAAUGGAAACCAUUCUCUUCUCUCCUUCUUCCAAUCCAAUUCUCAAUCCCAAAUCCAUCUUCUCCAAAACCCCUUCUCUCCCUCGCCUCAACAAGCCCAUCAUCUCCUCCGUCCUAAAAAAACCAAUCCAAUCCACCCAUGCGUCUCUUUCUUCACAGAACAAGGACUGGCUCUCUUCCUUGCAUCAUGGAUUGGCUGCGGCAGCUAUUUCCAUUGCAAUCAACUUCUGUCCUCUACCGACCGCUACCGGCCCUGCCAUAGCUUCCGAGUUCGACGUGCUUAAUGAGGGGCCGCCGACGGAAUCAUAUGUGGUCGACGACGCCGGCGUGCUCAGCCGAGUUACCAAGAGUGAUCUCAAGCGAAUGUUUUCUGACUUGGAGUCGAGGAAGAACCUACACGUCAAUUUCAUCACUGUCCGCAAACUCACGAGCAAAGCAGAUGCUUUUGAGUAUGCGGACUCAGUCUUGGAGAAGUGGUAUCCUACUGUUGAAGAAGGUAACAACAAGGGAAUAGUUGUGCUUGUCACCACUCAGAAAGAAGGGGCAAUAACAGGCGGGCCAGCUUUUAUUGAAGCUGUGGGAGAAAAAGUUCUCGAUGCCACUGUGUCAGAGAACCUUCCAGUUCUUGCAACAGAAGAGAAGUAUAAUGAAGCCAUGAUUAGCACUGCUAAUCGUUUAGUUGCUGCCAUUGAUGGUCUGCCAGAUCCAGGCGGUCCUAAGUUCAAAGACAAUAAGCGUGAAUCCAACUUCAAGAGCAAGGAAGAGACUGAGGAGAAGAGAGGGCAAUUCAGCCUAGUUGUUGGAGGCUUGUUGGUUAUUGCUUUUGUAGUUCCAAUGGCACAAUACUAUGCUUAUGUUUCCAGGAAAUAGAGAUUUUUGUAUCAAGAGUUUAAUAAGCAAAUGUAUGCAUCAGAGUUGGAAACUUAGUAGUUUGUUUCCAAUU